AUGUCGUCUGACUCUACCGCAGCCGAUACCGCACCCGCUGGCCCAUCCCCCAAAAUCACCUGUAUCGCAGUAACUUACCCCCUCCCUCCUUCAGCUCUAACGACCGUCCGGUCCCGCUUCCCUACGGUCCACUUCUACCCUCACCCCUCUCCCAUUCCCUCUUCCGUCCUACCCGAUAUCCAGGUCCUGUAUACGUCUAACAGAGGUAUCGCCCCCGAAACGGGCGUCGCGAGCUUCGACCAGAUGCCCAAGCUGCGGCAUAUCCAGAUGGUCUCUGCGGGAGCGGACAAGGCUGCCAAUCAGUCAAUUAUGGCUACUGCGGCGGAGAGGGGAGUGACGUUAGGGUCAGCAAGCGGGAUCCAUGUGUUGAGUAUCCCGCCGUGGGUCGUGGGGAUGGCGGUGGGCGUGUGGCAGCAGUUUCCGAGGAUGAUGCAGAUACAACGGAACGAACAAAGAUGGGCGGAUGGGACCGAGGUCGAGCAGUCAAGCCAGGAACUGUACUACGCGAGGUCACUUCGAGGUCGGACAGCAGGGAUGCUCGGCUACGGUGCGCUCGGACGCGAAUCAGCCCGUCUCCUCAAAGCGAUGGGCAUGAAGAUCAUCGCGUGCAACACGUCAGGCAAACAGACGCCUCAGGACGGAUACAUCAUCCCCGGCACAGGCGACCCCACCGGCUCCCUCCCCUCGUCCUUCUACUCGACGCGCGACUCGACCAGCCUCGACGCCUUUCUGAGCGAGUGCGACCUCCUCGUUGCGAGUCUCCCGGGUACCCAGGGGACGCGGUACCUCCUCGACGCGGCGAAGCUGGGGCUGAUGAAGGAUGAAGCGGUCUUUGUCAAUGUUGGACGCGGGAGCUUGAUCAAGUCUGAAGAACUCCUCAAAGCCCUCGACUCGCCCCGACUCUUCGGUGCCGCUUUGGACGUGACCGAUCCCGAACCCCUCCCGACCGGCCAACCCCUCUGGUCCCAUCCCAAAUGCAUCAUCACGCCGCACCUCUCGGGCGAUACAGAGGGGCAAUUCGAUAUAGCCACGGAUAUCCUGUUGGAGAAUGUACGGCGGAUGGAGGCGGGGGAGGGGUUGGUCAAUCUGAUCGAUAUCAAGCGGGGAUACUAG